UGAGUGAGUGGUGAGCGAGUGGUGAGUGAGUGGUGAGUGAGUGUAUGAUUGAGUGGUGAGUGAGUGGUGAGCGAUGGACUUCCUGCUGGGAGGAAUCUCAGCCAGUGUUGCGUGCCUGGUAACCAACCCGCUGGAUGUGGUGAAGACUCGCAUGCAGGUUCAGGGCGAGCUCAAGGCGCGGGGCACAUACCAGGUCCACUACCGCCACGUGUUCCACGCGCUUGUGGUAAUCGCUCGCUCCGAGGGGCUGAGCUCGCUCCAGAGAGGCCUCGCUCCGUCGCUCCUCUACCAGUUGGCCAUGAACGGCGUGCGGCUGGGCGCCUUCGACGCCAUGGAGCGGCGAAUCCGGUCGGCCGGGGUCAGCGGUGGGGUCACCGGCGGGGUCACCGGUGGGGUCACCGGUGGGGUCACCGGUGGGGUCAGCGGUGCGGCAGUGGCGAGUCCACUCUACCUGGUGAAGACUCACCUGCAGACUCAGUCUUCAUCGUCCAUCACAGUAGGCCAUCAAUAUUCAUACACGAGCACCCCCCAGGCUCUUGUGUGGAUCCUUUGCCAGGGCGGCCCGGCCGCGAUGUGGCGUGGAGCGACGGGAGCCAUUCCACGCGUCGCCAUCGGCUCCUCCGUGCAGCUCGCCACCUUCACGGCGGCCAAGACUCACCUGGCACGGCACCGUGUCUACCGAGGCUUCGCCGACUGCCUGCUGAGGACGUGGCGAGCUGAGGGCCUUCGCGGCCUCUACAAGGGCCUUGGGGCCUGCUACUUCCGCCUGGGGCCUCACACUGCUCAGCCUUCUGCUGUGGGGCGAGGCUCGCAAGGCCUCACGGUGCCUGCAGCUGUAGCUGUGACCCCCGCCGGUGGGGAGGGAGGGUUGGCACGGGGGGGGGAGACUGUAGGCAACGAAGAGGAGGAGCAGGAGGAGGUGGAGGAGGAGGAACAGGUGGAAGAGGAAGAGCAGGAGGAGGAGGUGGAGGAGGUGGUGGUGGAGGAAGUCCCCAACUCGACUCGCUGA